AUGGUUCACCUGCCGAUGGCCCGGCGCUUCAACUCCACCGGCGCAGUUAACGUGCUCAAGUUCGACCAGGCGCGCGCCGAGGCGAUCCGCAAGCGCGGCAGCCCCGGUUUAAAUGCAGCAGAGACGCAGCAGAAUGUUGAGGGCGGGAUUACGAACAUCGACGCGACGUCCCAGGUUGUGAGCUAUGUGGUCUCGACGCUUAUCGGCAACCCCCCGCACGAAUACCAGCUAUUGGUUGAUACCGGGAGCUCGAACACGUGGGCGGGCGCAGGAAAACCCUUCAUUCCGACCCUCUCGUCCCAGCCCACGGGCGAUUUGACGACUGUGCAAUAUGGCAGUGGGAUCUUCGUCGGAAUGGAGGUCGUCGAUCAAGUCACACUUGCCCCGGGCCUCACGCUUCCGAGGCAAUCGAUUGGAGAUGGCCUCGUCAGUAUGGGAUUUUCCGGGGUAGACGGUAUUCUGGGCAUCGGCCCCAAAGGCCUCACCUGUGGAUCAUUUUUGCCCGAGUUGGGAAAGUGUGUACCGACCGUCACGGACACCGCUUUCCAGCUUGGACUGCUCACGGAAUAUAUGGUCGGCAUCUCGUUCGCUCCAUCGGCCACUGAAGGGAGCACGAAUGGCGAGCUUACCUUCGGCGGCAUUGACACCACGAAGUUCAACGGACCUCUAGACUUCGUGCCUCUUACACGCAUUCAACCUGCGAACGCUUUCGUUGGCGUCGACCAGACGAUUACCUAUGGCAGAAACCAGUCGGUGGUACUCGACCGCUCCGCCGGUAUCCUCGACACGGGCACCACUCUCAUCCUGAUCGCCAGUGACGCUUUCGAGCGCUACACACAACUCACGGGCGCUACUGAAGACGAAGACGUCGGUCUCCUCAAGAUCACCCAAGAGCAGUUCAACAACCUGCAAAGCCUCUUCUUCACCAUCGGCGAGGUCGCAUACGAGCUCAUCCCCAACGCCCAGAUCUGGCCUCGCGCGCUCAACCCCGCAAUCGGCGGCGCGCCCGACUCGGUCUACCUCAUCGUCGCCGACAUGGGCUCCGUCUCGGGCCUCGGGCUCGACUUCAUCAACGGCAUGGCCUUCCUCGAACGCUACUACAUGGUCUACGACGUCGGCGGCUCCCGUGCGGGGCUCGCGCAGACGGCAAACACGUUUUCGGAGAUCAACUGA